GCCUCCUCCGUCACUACCGGGCGAGUGAUUCAGCCUGCCUGCCUUUUUUUUUUUUUUUUUUUUUGAGAUGGAGUCUAGCUCUGUCGCCCAGGCUGGAGUGCAGUGGCACGAUCUAGGCUCACUGCAACCUCCGCCUUCCAGGUUCAAGUGAUUUUCCUGCCUCAGCCUCCUGAGUAACUGGGAUUACAGGUGCCCGCCACCACGUCCGGCUAAUUUUUUUCUAUUUUUAGUAGAGAUGGGGUUUCACUGUUUUGGCCACGCUGGUCUCGAACUCCUGACCUCGUGAUCCGCCCGCUUCGGCCUUCCAAAGUGCUGGGAUUACAAGCGUGAGCCACCGCGCCCGGCUUAUCCUGCUUUUGGUUUCAGGUCUCCAUGCCAGUGAAAUGUCACCUCAACUCCACCGUUCCUGGUGUCAGGCAAGCCCGAGGUACCCAAUUCUGCCUUUCUUCUGGAUUUUCCUAACCUGUGAAGAGUCUUGAAAGUCCUUAAACCACGGGAGACUACCUGGCACAUGACACGGGAUGAGACUUGGUGGGGGUCCCACGGAGGACAGGUCGUUCCAGCGGUUCCUCCGCACCCAGCGCUGCACGGGCCCGGGGCGCGGGAAAUCAGCCUCCCGAAAGCCACGUGAGUCACGGUCCUGCCUGCGAAGAACUCCCAGGGCGACCUUGGGGCUGAGGAGUGGGCCUGCUUCGGCCUUCUGCUUUUCUGUUGCGUGGUGACCCUCACCAGAGGACAGCUUCAUGCUCUUGGACUUCCCAGCCUCAAGAACUAUUCACGGAUCCAUCCGGGUGGUCCGGGCACCACUGGCGCCCCUCUGCAGCUAUUCCCCAGUUCCAUUUUCUGAAGCCACAGGUCAGAAGCCGCUGUAGAACGCUUUGCCGAACUACAGGAUCUUGAAGGGGGCUUAAGGUGCAGCUACCUGCCGCGCAGGCGCAAGCCUUUCUUUCCGCACAAAGACCAUGGGAGGAGGGGUCGGCGCAAGCGCUCGGUGUCUCUCUGAAAAGAACUUCAUCAUCCUGCCUCCCGGCUUACCGAGCGCAGCGCAACGCAUGCGCCUUGAAGACUUACGGAACUUAUUUCACGCUCAGGGCGGCGGUAACGUGUGAACGAGAAGGAGGUGGUCAAGUAACGGAAGCCGGGAGGGAACUAGGGCGGAAGCGGACCAGGGCCAGGCUUGUGUUCGGAGCCUUGCCGGGGCUGGGGUUCCGAUGUGGUCCCCGGAGCGGGAGGCCGAGGCCCCGGCCGGGGGAGACCCGGCGGGCCUACUGCCCCCAGAGUGGGAGGAGGACGAGGAGCGCAUGUCCUUCCUGUUCUCCGCUUUCAAGAGGAGUCGCGAGUCGCGGGGAGCUGCAGCGGGAGUCAGACUUCAUGGCCAGUGUAGACAGCAGCUGGAUCUCCUGGGGAGUCGGGGUCUUCCUGCUGAAGCCUCUCAAGUGGACUCUUUCUAACAUGCUGGGAGAUAAUAAGGUUCCAGCUGAGGAGGUCCUUGUCGCUGUGGAGCUGUUGAAGGAAAAGGCUGAGGAGGUGUAUCGUCUGUAUCAGAGCUCGCCCCUCUCCUCGCACCCCGUGGUGGCCCUGUCAGAGCUCAGCACCCUCUGUGCUAACUCCUGCCCAGAUGAGAGGACCUUCUACUUGGUGUUGCUGCAGCUGCAGAAGGAGAAGAGGGUCACAGUCCUCGAGCAGAACGGGGAGAAGAUUGUGAAGUUUGCCCGAGGGCCACAUGCCAAGGUCUCUCCAGUCAAUGACGUAGAUGUUGGGGUGUACCAGCUGAUGCAGAGUGAACAGCUUCUCUCGCGCAAAGUGGAGUCCUUAUCCCAGGAAGCAGAGAGGUGUAAAGAAGAAGCCCGCCGGGCAUGCCGAGCAGGGAAGAAGCAGCUGGCACUGAGGUCUCUCAAGGCCAAGCAACGGACAGAGAAGCGCAUCGAGGCCUUGCAUGCCAAGCUGGACACUGUUCAAGGCAUCCUGGACCGGAUCUACGCCUCCCAGACAGAUCAAAUGGUUUUUAAUGCCUACCAGGCUGGGGUAGGAGCACUCAAACUCUCCAUGAAGGAUGUCACAGUGGAGAAGGCAGAGAGCCUCGUGGAUCAGAUCCAGGAGCUCUGUGACACCCAGGAUGAAGUUUCUCAGACUCUGGCUGGUGGGGUAACCAAUGGCUUAGAUUUUGACAGUGAAGAACUGGAGAAGGAAUUGGACAUCCUCCUUCAGGAUACCACCAAAGAACCUUUGGAUCUGCCUGACAACCCCCGCGAUAGGCAUUUUACCAACAGUGUGCCUAACCCUAGGAUCUCAGAUGCUGAACUUGAAGCUGAACUUGAGAAAUUGUCCUUAUCAGAGGGAGGUUUGGUCCCAAGCGGUAAAUCUCCGAAAAGGCAAUUGGAACCGACUCUAAAGCCAUUGUAGGACCCUCAAGUGAAGGACCCUCAUGUAAAAGAGAGACCAGGCUUGCUGGGUGUGUACAUAGUUAUUUAAACAAGAAACUCUCAGAAUAUGUUUGGAAGAGGAGGAAGGAGAAGUACUGAUUUUAUCUGGAUGCUAUUACUUACUACGGGACAGAUAGAAUUUCUGGAAGCGAUGCUCCAAAGGCUUGCUCCCAGCUGUAUCAUGGACCUGCCUUCUCAUCUUUCUAGUGCCACGAUUUAUACAGUCCCGUGUCUGACCUGUCAUUUCAUAGCCUGCAGUUCUUGCCAUUGGCACACUUAGGUUUGUCUUCACCCACCAGCUUCGUUCCAGCCCACGAAGGGGAAAGAUUUGCAGCUUUGCCAAAUCUGAAUCAGUUCCCACUUCCCCCUGCGGUUUUUUAGAGGGGUUUAUCCUGUCGCUAAUGUCAGUUAAAUAACUUAUUCCUGUCCCACUUGAUUUCACUGGUAAGAGAAGAAUGAGAAUGAAAUACUUCAAGGUUUUAUUUGAGGGGACUUAGCUGCCAUUUUAUGGAUAAACAUGUAGUAUAAAAGGUUUUUCUCUAGGGUCAUUUGUCAGAAUUCUCCAGGUGUUCAGAGAAAGAGGUCGCCCCAAGUGGCCCAGAGUCGUGACAGUCUGGAGGGGCUGGUGUGGCCGGUGGGCACUGCCUCUUCAUCUGAUGGAGCAGGAGGUCUGCCGGUGGGGGAAAGGCUUCUUCCGAGGCUUCUGCACUCGCCUGGGAAGAGGCCCAGUCACUACAGGACCCUGAGAUGUCCAGACCCCUUAUGCUUUUCUAAAGAGGCAAAAUUGUUGCCUUGGCCCCAUCAUGGAAUAACUUAAAAAUACAUAUCUAUCUUCCAGAACAAGCCACACAACAACACACCUCCCCGCCUUGAGCCUGGCACACAGCACUGGGCUCUCUGAAUUUGGAAAGCGUUUCACUUUGUGGCCUACUGCUCGGGGCAGGGGGGCUGAGCCAGGAUGUGCAAUAGAGCAGGGGCUGUGCCCUCUGCCAGAUCUGCCGGGAGCUGCCCGGGCCACCCGUGCACCUGUCCUGCUUCCUGCAGUCCCCGCUCCCUGCCUCCUUUGAGGGACUAGGGAGGGUGGGGUAGGGGGACAGACGGGAAAGGGUCUGAAUGCUCUGGCAAUGGCGAGAAGAAACGAUCGCCACACUGUCACUCUGCUGCCCAGCCACCAGGAUUUCUGCCUGGAGCCCUUUGCCCUGUCCCUGCUGCCUGAGGUGGCGUAGAGCAGAGGAGAAGAAUUUGCUCCAGGCCAGGAGCACAAAUCAUUGUUCAAUGAAUUUCUCUCCAACUCGACCUUGGUAAACGGAAAUGUUGGGGGUGAAGAGAAACAAUCACUAUUUUUUUUCUUUUUUAUCUGGUAAAUAAUUAAAAGAAAAACCGAA